AGAGCAGUUUGGUAAAUCGUCAAAUGUUUGUCGUUUCGAAGUAAAGCACUAUACGUACUCGCUUUGUGAAUAAUCCUUAAAUUUACAAAACUAUUUGUAUUCAUUAAAUUAUAAUGAAGCUAAAUACAGUUAUAGGUGGCCUUUAUUAAAAAUACUCAUCUUGUUUUAUAAUAACCUCAAUUCCACAUUAAAAAUGGAGCUUCCGCAGCCGCCUCAAGAUCAGGAUCUUCGCAAUAUAAUUGAUAAACUAGCGCAGUUUGUCGCGAGAAAUGGCCCCGAAUUUGAGAAGAUGACGAAGAACAAGCAAAAGAACAACCCAAAAUUCAGCUUUUUGUAUGGCGGGGAAUAUUUCAACUAUUAUCAAUACAAAGUGACGACAGAGCAAGCAAGUAAGCAUUCUAAAGUGUCGUUGGAUGAAAUUGAAUGUAUCGCGGUCUCGUCCGAUCGCUGAUUGCGUACCGAUGUAUAACCGUUUCAAGUGAACCUCCGCUGUUUAUAGUUCUAAAGCAAUCGUCCGGUGGCCAGCCGGCACCUGCUCCCGCCGGGGCUUAUAUGGCACAGAACAGGCAAUAUGUAAUGCCCCAACAGGCCGCCGCAACGCCAGCUCAGCUAGGCCUCGCGGCUACGAUGGCUGCGGCGCCAGCGUUGCAGCAGUGGCUCGCCACCAACUCUGCUCCGUCCGCCCCUCCGCAGCACACUCAGCAUGACAUCGACAACGUCAAUGCACAGAUCAACAUGCUUAAAGAGCAGAUCACUCAGUCUGAAAGCAAUCUCAGUGCCCAACACACAGUAUUGAUCCAGCAACAACAGGCUAAGAUCAAUGAGCUGGUUAGCAAGGCUCAAGUGGAGACUAUCCAGAUGAUGGCAGAAGAAAACCAUAUAAGUCUUGGUGAAUUGGACAAUAUCUUACAGCCUAUCAUAGAUACAUGCACUAAGGACAGUAUCUCUACAGGGAAAGGGUGGAUUCUGCAGCAUGCUACAUCACAUGAUGCUGGAAAAGUCAUAUCACAGCAUCUCCUACGGAAAGUGACACAGCCAGGGGCAGCUUUCACACAGAAGCUGCACAUCAUUUACCUCGUCAAUGAUGUUUUGCAUCACUGUGCUCGCAAAAACGCAGAAGAUCUCAAGAAAAAUUUGGAAAAUGUGGUGGUUCCAAUGUUUUGCAAUGCCAGUAUAGCCGUAACCGAAGAACAGGAAGCUAAGCUUAACAAGCUGCUGCGCCUAUGGGAGUCCAAGUCCAAUUAUUUCGAGACUGCAGUUAUAGAGAAAAUGAAGAGUCCCACCAGUUCGUAUCAAGAAUAUCAGAACAACUUAAUAGCUCAACACUCAAAUGCAAUCUCUCAUUUGACUCAGCAGACGAAAUCCACAUUUGAAAAUUAUCAAACACAGCAUCAAGCAUUCGUCACUCACACGAUGCAACAAAUCCAGCAACUAGAAAUGCAAAAGCGUGCGAUUGAGCUACAAAAUCAAGACAAUGAUAACAUACAGCAACAGAACAAUGUACAAAAUUCUUUUCAAAACAACAAUAACUUUAAUGAUCAAAGCUUUUCACAAAUAAUCGGGUUUGAUCAAAGCUUCAACUCAAAUAACCAACAGUAUGGAAGUGAAAGUGGCGACAAUUAUGCAUCUAAUAAUAGCAUAAGUGGCAAUGAAAAUAGUUACGACAGUCAAACCUUUGAUCAAAUAACAAAUCAGAAGAGGAAUGAUAAUGUAGAGGAACCUGAUUUGGCGAAUCUACCGAACGUUAAUUUCUCUCAACCGCCACCCGGGUUCCCGCCUAAUGAUAAUUCGGCGUUGCUAGCAUUCCAAAAUGGUCUUCCGGAUCUUAGUAAACCGCCACCUGGUUUUCCUCCAUUCCCUGAGGUGAACAAUGAGGAUCUCAUGCCUUCAAUUCCAUAUUUUGAGCUUCCUGCAGGCUUAAUGGUGCCUCUUAUAAUGUUAGAAGACGACAGAUACAAACCAUUGGACCCAGCAAAAAUCAGGUUACCUCCUCCUGCACCACCAAAUGAAAGAUUACUCGCUGCAGUUGAAGCUUUCUAUGCAUCACCAAACCACGAACGUCCUAGAGACAAUGAAGGCUGGGAGAAACUUGGACUUUAUGAAUAUUACAAAGCUAAAAAUGCGGCACGAAAAAAUAAAGAAGAAGCAAUAGCACAAGGACUCAGAGAAAAAUCAAGAUCACCAAGUCCUAUUCCAAAAGAUUUACAGAAACAACCCACCCCUCCAGGAAGAAGAUACAGAUCAAAAAGUCCAACGCCGGAAAAGAAAUCUCCAGUACGGUCAAAGUCACGGUCGCCUUCACCCAGAAGAAAGACGUCAUGGCGAAGAGAAAGAGAAAGGGAAAGUCGCAGACGGUCCAGGUCACGGUCGAGAUCGCGGUCGCGAAGUCGCUCGCGAGAAAGAGAGCGGGAAAGAGAGAGAGAAAGGGACAGAGUCGAGUCACCGCGAACGAGACGCGUCGAGCGGUCAAGAUCGCCGACUCCUCCCAGCUUUCUUGGUGCCGCAUAUCCCAGUACAUCGAGCGGUUUGGACGCUAGCAAUAAGGGUCAUCAGUUACUACAAAAGAUGGGAUGGAGUGCAGGUGGACUGGGGGCUUCAGGCCAGGGCAUAGCGGAACCAAUCAGUGGCGGCACGGUCAGAGAUAAGCAGGAUCAAUAUAAAGGUGUGGGAGUAAAUCUAAAUGAUCCUUAUGAAAACUUCAGAAAGAACAAAGGUGCAGCAUUUAUAACAAGAAUGAAGGAGAGAGCUCUGGAACGUUCAUCGUGAUCACAGUUGACUUAUGUUUUGUGUAUAUGUGUACAAUUGAGAGUGUGGUUGGAUUAUGAUUUAUUUUAUCUAUAUCAUCUUAAAAUAAAGUUAUAUGAAUUUU